CUGGUGACCCAGGCUCUCACCAGCAGAUUGUCCCUUACCGUCCUCCUGAGGUUGUCUGGAGCUUCAGUGCUGUGUGCUCUUGGCCUCCACGCUGGGGUACCACCGACUCCCACUGUCCAGGGCUUCCGGUGGACUCUCCGAGGCACUGAUGCAGAAACUUCCCCAUUCGGUGCACCAAGAGCAGCCUCACACGGUGUGGGCCGUCAGGAAGAGCUGCCAGAUCCAACAGAGUAUGAAGAGUGCAAAGAACUCAUAAAAUCUAUGCUGAGGGAUGAGCUGCAGUUCAAGGGGGAGAAGCUCGCAGAGCAGCUCAAGCAAGCUGAGGAGCUCAGGCAAUAUAAAGUCCUGGUUCACUCUCAGGCACGAGAGCUGACCCAGUUAAGGGAGAAGUUACGGGAAGGGAGAGAUGCCUCCCACUCAUUGACUCAGCAUCUCCAGGCCCUCCUCACUCCGGAUGAGCCGGACAAGUCCCAGCGGCAGGACCUCCGAGAACAGCUGGCUGAGGAGUGUAGGCUGGCACAGCACCUUGUCCAAAAGCUCAGCCCAGAAAAUGGCCAAGGUGAGGAUGCAGAUGUUCAAGUUGAGGAGGCUGAGAAAGUACAGGAUUCGUGUGCCCCCAGGGAGGUGCAGAAGGCUGAAGAAAGGGAAGUCCCUGAGGACUCACUGGAGGAAUGUGCCGUCACUUAUUCAAAUAGCCACGGCCCUUAUGACUCGAACCAGCCACACAGGAAUACCAAGAUCACAUUUGUGGAAGAUGAAGUCGACUCAACUCUCAUUGACUCAUCCUUUCAUGAUGAGUAGGAUGCUGUACAUAUUAUCCCAGAAAGUGAAAGUGAUGAUGAGGAAGAGGAAGAAAAAGGGCCAGUGUCUUCCAGGAAUCUGCAGGAGUCUGAAGAGGAGGGCCCCCAGGAGUCUUGGGAUGAAGGUUAUUCGACUCUCUCAAUUCCUCCUGAUAUGUCUGCCUCGUACCAAUCUUACAAGAGCACCUUUCCCUCAUUAGAGGAACAGCAGGUCGGCUUGGCUCUUGACAUAGGCAGGCAUCGGUGGGAUCAAGUGUAAAAGGAGGACGAAGAGGCAACAUGUCCCAGGCUCAGCAGGGAGCUGCUGGAUGAGAAAGAGCCUGAAGUCUUGCAGGACUCACUGGAUAGAUGUUAUUCGACUCCUUCAGGUUAUCUUGAACUGCCUGACUCAUGUCAGCCCUAUAGAAGUGCAUUUUACUCAUUGGAGGAACAGCACCUUUGCUUGGCUCUUGAUGUGGACAGAAUUAAAAAGGACCAAGAAGAGGAAGAAGACGAAGGCCCACCAUGCCCCAGGCUCAGCAGGGAGCUGCUGGAGUUAGUAGAUCCUGAAGUCUUGCAGAACUCACUGGAUAGAUGUUAUUCAACUCCUUCCAGUUAUCUUGAACUGCCUGACUCCUGCCAGCCCUACAGAAAUUUCUUUUACUCACUGGAGGAAUAACACACUGGCUUUUCUCUUGAUGUGGAUGAAAUUGAAAAGUACCAAGAAGGGGAAGAAGAUCAAAACCCACCAUGCCCCAGGCUCAGUGGCGUGCUGAUGGAAGUGGAAGAGCCUGAAGUCUCGCAGGAGUCUGAUAGAUAUUAUUCGACUUCUUCAACUUACUUUGAAUUACCUGACUCAUUCCAGCACUACAGAAGUGCCUUUUACUCAUUUGAGGAACAGUACAUUGGCUUGACCUUUGACAUGGACAAUAGGUUUUUUACUUUGAUGGUGAUAAGGCUCCACCCGGUCUUCCAGAUGGGAGUCAUAUUCCCACACUAAGCAGCCCUUACUAAGCUGAGAGAUGUCAUUGCUGCAGGCAGGACCUAUAGGCACGUGUAGGCUUGAAUGAAACUGUAGUUCCAUUUGGAAGCCCAGACAUAGGAUGGAUUGUUAUGCCCAGACCGUUUGUUCCCCAAAGAAGACCACCAGAGUCCAGAGUCAAAGCCAAGCGGCAAGGAUCUUUUACUGCAAGUUCGAACUUGGUCCCUCCAUUCCACGGCAUACAA